AAGGUCAGACCCUCCUCCCUCCACCCCUUCCUUCAGCUCUUCUCUUUCCCAACUACUGAUCCUCAGCUGAGGCUUGACCCUCCCAGCGCCGCUCUGCUGAGGCUCCCAGAGGACAGCAGACAGGAUGACCCGAAACACGGUGACCGUGAAUGGAGUCGAUGUGGCCUCGACGCUGUCCCAGCCCAGCCACGUCAACAUCCACAUCCACCAGGAAUCAGCAUUGGCACAAUUGUUAAAAGCUGGGGCUUCCCUGAAGGAGCUCUUUUCUCGCCCUCGGGACACCGGCCCUUCCGAGGCCAGGAUGAGCUAUGGGCAGCUGGCGUUGGGGGUGACCCAGAUACUGCUGGGGGCUGCGAGCUGUGCUCUUGGAGUGUUGCUCUACUUUGGGCCCUGGACAGAGCUGCGUGCCUCAGGCUGCGCCUUCUGGGCAGGGUCUGUGGCUAUUGUAGCAGGAGCUGGGGCCAUUGUCCAUGAGAAGCACCGGGGCAAACUCUCAGGCUGUGCAUCAGGUCUGCUCACGCUGGCCGGUGUUGCUGUGUCUGUGGCUGCUGUUGUCCUCUGUGUGAAUAGCUUAACCUUGCAAAGUGAUGGCUUCUUGUACAUUGAUUCCGUGUGUGAUGCCCCAGAAAAUGUCACCAUGACCACUGGGUACAAAGAGGCAUGGCAAAGGAGUCGCACAUCACGGUGGGAGGAAGAUAGGUGCAGAACCUACAUGCAAAUGCUGAUGAACGUGUUCCUCGGCAUCCGUGCUCUGCUCCUGGCUGUCUGUGUCCUGCAGGUCAUCGUAUCCUUGGCUUCCCUGAUCCUGGGUCUUCGCAGCUUGUGUGGCCGGAGCUCCCAGCCGCUGAAUGAGGAAGGGUCAGAGAAAAAGCUACUGGGGGAGAAUUCGGUGCCUCCCUCGCCCUCCAAGGAGAAGACCGUGGCUAGCAUCAUCCUGUGAGCCGCUGCAGAGCCUGCCCCUGCCUGGGCCUCCGCAUACCCUCAGCCAGAGAGCCCAGGGCCUCUGGAGAGGAGGGCGGCCCCUCCCCAGGGCCCCUCACUGCCCUGCCCCUCUGCCCUGCCCCUCAUGCUCGCCUCUCCUUUGGCCACUGUCCCCGUCUCCUCCUCUUCCCACUGUUCCCACUCCAGCGGCCUCAAUUCAAGGAACAGGGGUUGUUGCCUUUUCUCCAAUGCCAAUAAAACAGAAACAACAAGAAAAAUAAUUUUGCCCAGAAAAGAUGUGGUCUCUCU